AUGGUUUCUUCCUUCAACGAUAAGAAACGACUGAUCGUCCAAGAUGACAUUUCUCAAUUCGAUAUUCAUUUCGAAGCAAUUUUCGAUCAUCCAGAAACGUUUGCGUGCUUCACAACCUAUCUCUCGAAUACCAUGAACAGUGAAUGCAGUGAGUUUCUUCAGAGUGUGAAUGAAUACAGAAAGAUUAAACACGAACGCAAACGAUUACAAUUGGCAACGAAAAUGUACGAAAAAUUUAUCGCCGAUUCUUCGAAUUCACAGCUUAAUUUACGAAAUGAUAUUAAAAUGCGAGUAUAUAAGGUGGUGAACCCAAAUAGUCCAACUCCAGGACAGGCUCCUUCAAAUAGUGGUUCUUUAGAGGAAGUAGAGGUUCAACUGCCAACUGUCAAAAAUACUCGAUCUUCGAGGAGUAAUAGUAGUGGUAGUGGAGGUGUAAGAAAUAGUUUGGAUUCGACAAGUAGUGGUAGUUCGAUCUCUUUCACGAAUGGUUCCUCAGCAGUGACCAAUGUCGAAGUGUCAACUUCUUCUUUACCUUCUCAUGGAUCAACUGUCACUUGUCCAAAGAAUUUAUUUGAUGAAGUAGAAUCCUUAGUGUUACUGCAAUUGAAGGAAAAUCAUUUUUCAACAUUCCUUGCAAGUGAUCAUUUUAAAAACUUUCUCAAAAAACAACCACUUCAAAUACUCUACGAAAUUGGAAGUUUGAAAAGUGACAGUUUGCUUCAAUUUGUGGAAUCCUUAUCUGAAACCAUGAAAUGUGAAAAUUUCACACUCCAUGAUUUUCGUUUCAUCAAGAAACAAUUUUCAAAUUACGAUCCUUCAGAAUGGGAAGUCAUUGGCAGCAGUGACCAUCACAAAUGCUACAUGUCAAAACGAACCUAUGACAUGGGAGAAUCUGUCGGAUUGAGCUUUUUCAAAUUCGAUGUCACAUUUCCAUACAGUGCCAAACAAGUCAUGAAUACAUUUUUCGAACAAGAAUAUAGAUAUCAAUACGAUGGAGAAUUGAGUCGAAUUGAACAAUUGGCGUACUAUGAAAAGAAGAUUUCAAAUUCAGCCAUUGGAUCGAUCCAAUGUAUGACAUCGUCGUCGUCACCUUCCAAUAGUCCACAAAUAUCUCCUCAAAACAACAUUCCUUCCUCGCCUACGACCGACUCACCUAUGACGAUCGUGUCAUCAACGUCGAGUGCUUUGAACAACAACCACUCGAAUGCCACUUCCAUUCUGUUGGCCACUUCACUCACUCAGGAAAUUUACAAAUUGGUGUGGCCUUUCAGUAAUCGAGAUUUUAUUGUGUCAUCGAGUGGAAUUUAUGAUCUCUCCACGAAUACUUACUUUAUGGGAAAGAAGAGUUGUCUCUCUGAGAAGGCGAAAAAGCCAGAAAAGAAUGUGGUGAGAGCUUUCUCAUUUGGUGGAUGGGCCUAUAAGGAAAUUGAUGAAAAAACAACUCAAUAUUCUCAAAUGUUUUAUAUGGACCUGAAAGGUAACAUUCCAAAGCCAAUUGUCAAGUCCAUUCUGAAAGAUCGAGCCAAGCACUUUAUGAAGGUUGGAACCAAGUUUUUAAAACUCAACGAGAAGAGAGGUUUCAUUUGUAAUCAAGAUAACUUUAUGUUGAAAACAUUUGAAGAGAAUGGAGCCAUGUAUCUUUAA